GGCAAGGGAGAAUGCACCAUCAGUGGUCUUCAUUGAUGAGUUGGAUGCGGUUGGCAGAGAACGUGGUUUGAUAAAGGGUUCGGGUGGACAAGAACGUGAUGCGACUUUGAAUCAGCUUCUUGUGUGCUUGGAUGGUUUUGAAGGCAAAGGUGAAGUCAUCACUAUUGCUUCUACAAAUAGACCAGACAUAUUGGACCCAGCACUUGUUCGACCAGGGCGGUUUGAUCGGAAGAUAUACAUACCAAAACCUGGCCUUAUUGGGCGAAUUGAAAUUCUUAAGGUGCACGCUCGUAAGAAGCCUAUGGCUCCUGAUUUGGACUAUAUGGCUGUUGCCAGUAUGACUGAUGGAAUGGUUGGUGCAGAGUUGGCCAACAUUGUUGAGGUUGCCGCUAUUAAUAUGAUGCGUGAUGGAAGACCUGAGAUUACAACUGAUGACUUGUUACAAGCUGCACAAAUUGAAGAACGAGGAAUGCUUGACCGGAAGGAGAGGAGCCCUGAAAUGUGGAAGCAAGUUGCUAUUAAUGAAGCAGCGAUGGCUGUCGUGGCAGUGAACUUCCCAGAUCUUAGAAAUAUUGAGUUUGUCACUAUUGCUCCAAGGGCUGGCAGGGAGCUUGGUUAUGUGCGGAUGAAAAUGGAUCAUGUCAAAUUUAAGGAAGGAAUGCUGAGGCACGAUUUCUAUCCCCUUCAUAUUGCACUUAUCUUUCUGAUUUCUUCUCUCAAAACUUAAAAUUGAAAAUCAAAUGCAACAAGAUAUGUAUGUAAUGGAACUAAGAAGUGAGUAUUUCAAAUCUCUAAUCAUGUAUUGCCUUAUGUGAAGUGAAGAAACAUAUCUGUAGACACCAAAGACAUGAAGUAUUUGUUUUUGAAAUACCUCAUUGUCUGUUGGUCUUGCUUCCCAUGGCAAUUUGGAAGAGGCGACUGCCUACUGCAUUGGCGCGACUGCACCUCAGAAGUAGAAAAUUCCUGAGUGUAGU